AUGUCAAGCACUUCAAUGGAACGUCUAACUCCUGUUGUAGGGAGUAUUUUUGGAUUGGACGAAGAGGGCAGUAAUGGGAACGAAUUGGUGCAUCGUAAACCUCCCAUAAUCGAGGCCAUUCUCAAUGAGCUGGGAUUUGGGUGGUUCCAGGUUCAAAUGAUAGUCAUUCUUGGUGUAGCUCACUCCACUGACACGAUGGAAACCAUUAUCCAAGCGAUCCUGGGCCCCAGUCUUCGUUGCUUUUGGCGCCUAUCAGCCGAUUAUGUAGCUCUCCUCACCAGUCUUGUGUUCCUUGGCAGCUGUAUUGGUGCAGUCCCUUUGGGUUACGCUGCAGAUGUCUAUGGAAGGCGUUCAAUCUGCCUAUUCUCAUGCUUGGUUUUGAUGUACCUCUCCUGGCUAUGUGCCAUCAGUCCGACUUAUGCAUGGAUGGCGUCUCUACGCUUCCUUUCUGGCCUUUUCAUUGGUGGCGUAUUGACAUCUGGGAGCUCACUUCUUUCGGAGACAAUGCCACCAAAAUUUCAAGCCUCAGGACAACUAAUAACCAACAAUUUUGAGGCGCUUAUUGGUGUAAUUACUGCUGCAAUUGGGUUGGGAUGCUUAGAAGGACGAUUGAACUGGCGAUUCUUUGUCUUUUUCACCACGUUUCCUUUAGCUCUCUGUGCUAUCGCCUUAGCAUUCUUUACUCUCGAAUCUCCUGUCUAUUUAUACUGCAAAAAGCAGACAGUAGAAGCUGCAAAUGUACUGGAUAAAGUGGCCAUUACAAAUCGACGAAUCCCGAAAAAUUCUACAAGUGCCCUUUCCUUCCUGGGACGUAUCCGCGAAGCUGAUGAGGCAGAGGACUUUCGUAUUUCAAAAGUCGGUGUCAAAGAGUUAUACACUUUGCUUAUUCGGCGCCGACCGUGGCUUCUCCUACUGUUGCUGUGCUUGAACUUCUCCUGGGGCUUUCUAAUCUACGGUGGAACUACAAUUCUUCCUGUGGAAUUAGCUGCUGGUCCUAGAAUGUGCAUUCAGAUAUCCUGGGCUAAGGGCCUAAAAGCCCGCCAGAAGCACAUCUUCAUCUCUGUCAGCAACUAUACUCAACAUGGAGCUGGAGUUCUCUUCUCCUUCAUUUUGCUGUUGAAAGUGGCGGUACUGCUGUCCCAGGUGGAAGUAGAGCUUUUCAAACGUCCAACUAAAGCCACAAUAAAUAAAAAAAAAACCCUGAAUCUCCGGAUAACCAACACGACAAGCUUGCUACCAACCUAUCAGCCGUCAGAAGGGGCCCCCUUUGAAUGUUGCAAGCCCCUACGUGAAGAGGGCUAUCAGUCGCUACUCAUCUCGGCGUCAGGUGGUCUGUUUAGUCUCCCGUUGGCCUACGGUUUGGCCGCGUUGCUAAGACAAAGGCUUCCAAUCGCCCAAUUUAUCACUUUUUUGUUCACGGGCAUUCUACUCUUUGUUCAAACCUUCUGCAUGACACCAACAGCCUCAAAUGUAGUCUUCUUCGUUACCCGCGGUGUAGCUGCGGCUGGUAGCGGUUUGAUGGGCAUCUACGCGAGCAACAUCUUUCAAGCGCGGGUUCGCAGCCUUGCCACCGGUCUAUGUGCAGCAGCCUACCGUCUGGGCAUCCUCACUGCACCCUAUGUGGGGCAGAUCUUACUGCAAGAUCGCUCCGUUCUCCUCGCCAUCCUCACCUUUGCCCUUGUUGCAGUUGGUAGUGCGAUUGGAUCCAUUGUCCUGCCUCGAAUGCGAGCUCUCUAUACCGCACCUUCUUUCUCCUCCUCUACCUUCGACUCCAGUGAUUUGAGACGAUGUCUUCCAUUCUUUUGGGGUCUUUUUGGUGCUUCAAAAGUUUCGGAUCAGGUGGGGAGCCUUUCAAAGGUCCACAGACGUUCAGGUGUCACUGCUUUCUCUCCCAUCACUCUACCAACAGAUCCCGACAUUGCAUUGGUGGAGACGACCUAUCGUGCACUUCGACAGCGAGACAAAGAUGCCCAGAAUGGAGGGGACCCCGUAGUGCGCGAAGAUUUUGUCCAACGAAAUGCCGCUUUUGAAGUUGAUGCGUAG